ACUUAAGUGUAAAAAUAAAAAAGAGAACAUUAUCUUUACACGUACGAUGAUAGAUUGGCUAUAUAAUAAUCAUACAUUCCAACCUUUGGUUUUACAUAAGUAAUGGCCUCACUCAAAAUACUUGAGGUCUCCCAUGUCGCUCCAUUUCUGGCCUCACCCGAAUCCACCGCCCACUUCACCAUCCCAUUAACUAGUUUCGAUACCUUUUGGUUCAAAUUUCCACCAGUCCAACGUCUAUUUUUCUAUUCUCUUCCUGAAACUAAACACACUUUCCUCAACUCUGUUCUCCCAAAACUCAAACACUCCCUCUCUCUCACACUUCAACAUUUUCUUCCUCUUGCCGGAAAACUAACUUGGCCGGAAGAUUCUCCCAAACCAAUCGUUCUUUACACUCCAGGCGACGUCGUUUCAAUCUCCGUUGCCGAAGCCGAUUCUGACUUUGACAUCCUUUCCGCAAACCAACCUUUCCAAGCCUCGGCGGUUCGUCCUCUGGUUUCUCCAUUACAUGUUUCAGAAACAGGGGCUUCGGUAAUAGCUCUUCAAAUUACAAAUUUUCCAAAUAAGGGAUUUUGUAUUGGAGUCACUACCCAUCAUGCUGUUCUAGAUGGGAAAUCCACGACCAUGUUUAUGAAAUCGUGGGCUUACUUAUCUAAAGAGAAUUCCCCAUUGUUACCGGAGCUUACACCCUUUUACGACCGGAGUUCCCUAAUAGACCCAUCUGGGUUUGAAAUGAAGCUUUUGAAUUAUUGGAUGGGGAAUCCUGGUUCGACAUCGUCAGAUUGUAGAAACAACCCAAAACUGUUUGAAUUCUUUCAAAGCCCUGAGGAACCUUCCUCCGACUUAUACAGAGCCACUUUCGAACUAACCCGAUCCGAUAUAGAUAAACUACGUAGAAGGGUAUCGUCCAAUUGGCAUAGUUCAAAGCCAAAGCUUCAUUUAUCUUCUUUUGUACUUACGUACGCUUACAUGUUCGAUUGCUUUCUCAAAGCAACAGAUGAUGAUGAAAGUAAAAGUAAAGUCUUUUUAGGAUUCGCCGCUGAUUACCGGAGCCGUUUGAGACCUCCGGUGCCAGAAAAUUACUUCGGCAAUUGCGUUGCAAUCAAGGCCAAUUUCAAGGACAUGAGGGAGCACGUGAUUGGUAAGGAGGAAGAUUCAUUGACUGCUCUUGCGGUGAAGGUAAGUGAUUUAGUGAAGGAUUUGAGCAAGGAAAUGGAUUUACAGAGCGAAAUAGAGGACAUGUUGUCGAGAAUGAGUUCGUUUAAAUCUGACAAUAGUUGCUACGUUGGAGUAGCUGGGUCGCCGAGGUUCGGCGUCUACAGCAUAGAUUUUGGAUGGGGUCGGCCGGAGAAGGUGGCUGUGAUAUCUAUAGAGAAUGGAUCCAUUUCAAUGGCGGAGUCUGGAGAUGGAAGUGGUGGCGUUGAGGCUGGUUUCGUUUUGAAGAAGCAUCAAAUGGAUCGUUUUGCUUCCUUGUUCUUAAAUGGUCUCACUCAUAAUAUUAUUUGAUUUUGUUUAUUUUCAGUUUAUUUUCAAUUUAUUUUAAACAAUUUUCCACUUUUCAGUACAAUCUAAACAUUAUUAUUUCUCUCCUUACAAAAAAAAAAAGAAAAAAGAUUAUUAAUUCUCUAGA